AUGUUUCAGACGUUGUGUGAAAACUGCGCUCGCCUCGGUGAGACAGGCUCUCCAACUGAAGUACCUGAUGGACUCGCACAAUGUUUGACUUCCCAGUUCAGUCUUGAGGAUCUCGUACAUGGUAUCAUUCAGUCGGAUGAGUCGGGCAGUAUCGCAUCUCUAAGAGCGCUUCAAGCAGGCCUCCAGAGCGAUCAAUUGAACGAAAACUAUGGCGGGGACUCAAAAUCCGCUGCGGCCAUCGCAGAAUAUGUCGCAAAAAGUAUUCUGCCAGUUGCUUCGGGCUCAGAGGUUGCCACGCAACGGGAGAACAAUGUCUUCCGAGGUCAAAUUGGUCUCGAUAUCUUAGAAAAUAUACAAGACAAAAAGGAGACCAGCCUGAACGGGCAAGUCCUACUAACCGUAAUAGCCUAUAGCAACGCGCAUGAUCCCUGGUCAUCUUCUUCAUCAGCAGCUGUAGCUCACUCGAUACUGGACAAGCAACUCCCUGAUAAAGGCAAGAAAAUUGCAUUGAUCACGUCGACGAUAAUCUCAAACUUUCUCCGGCCCUUGUUCUCCAAAUCGAGACCAGCGACGGUAACGGCGUCCGGCCGCAAGGCCGAGUUUGUCGAAACUUCUCGGUAUGCCGGCUCCUUCAACGACCCUUCUGAACAAGACCUGAAGCCGUGGAAGCACUCAUACCGCUACGCGAUCAGCGUGUUCGAAUGGGCAGUGUCCAAGUCUGACCACGACAUGCUUUCUAAGCACUGGCACCAAUACACACCCGUGCUCUUGACGCUACUAGAUGAGCCGCAGACCGACAUCAAGGUGCGUGCCCUGCAUAUCUUCAGUGCGUUCUGGGAACGCUGCCCACCCGGACAAAUGGCGGCCGUCGGUCUGGCAGACGUGUUCGAGCAGGCCAUCUUCCCUGCUGUAUUAUAUCUUCCUACGUUGACCCCGGAAGACGAAUCAAUCCAGAUCCUCAAUGCAGCAUACCCGGCGCUCUUCCAAAUUGCAGGCAUGGCCUACCCGGAAGCGGAGAUAGCCGAGCCAGUCAAGCAACCAGCCUUCACGCACUCGCAGCGAAAGACCAUCGACAAUAUAAUUCGCGAAGGGCUAUUGGUAGGGUACCGUCACACGAAUGAGCACAUACAAUUGAACGAAUGUUUCUGCAAGAAGAUGGUGUCUAUUGUGAACGGUAUUGGUAUUCUGGCAGUAAAGCAUUUAAAGGAUAUUAUACCCAUGGCCUCAGAGAUCAUGACAGAGCCAUUUGGCACCAAAUAUCCACCCGCUUUGCUUGCCGCUAACCAGCUACUUCAAGCCACGAUGCGAUGUUGCUGGCCGCGGAUAGGUGGCUACCAUACUGAGAUCAUUCGCACCCUGGCGAAUUGCUACCUCAAUAUUGAGGAUGAGGAUACAUACCCUUCUGGUUCACCCAGCCAAGAGGACCUCAAGGCAGCACUUUCGCAAACCUCUGCUAUUUUAGCUGCAAUUUUGAAAUCUGGAGAUACUCCAUUGUCAGAGGUUGUCUCUCCCCUUAUCGAGAAAGAGCCGCGUCUCAAGCCUCUCUUCCUACCCACGAAGAUCCACUGA